AUGCAGCCCCAUCUGCUGCGCUCCCCGUCUGCCCGGGGCCCCCAGCCCGGGGAGCGGCCGGCACCGCCCGGCCCUGGCACCGGGGAGAGCCCCGAGAGCCCCGAGAGAGCCCCGAGAUCCCCGAGAGAGCUCCGAGAUCCCCGAGAGAGCCCCGAGAUCCCCGAGAGACCCCCGGGACCGGAGAGAACCGGAGAGAGCCCUGAGAGCUCUGAGAGCCCCGAGGGCCACGAGAGGUCUGAGAGCUCCGAAAGCCCCGAGCGCUUCAAGAGCUCCGAGAGCCCCGGGAGACCUGAGAGCCGUGAGAGCCCUGAGUGCCCCGAGAGACCUGAGAGCUCCGAGAGCCCCGAGAGCCCCCAGAGCCCGCUCAGCCAUCCCAGCCGCAGAACAGCCGCAGCCACACCAGGACUGCACCCUCUGCACCUCAGCUCUGCUGCGCUGAGGAACACCAGCACCUCUGCACAAGGACAAGUGUGCUGGCGCUAA